ACUGAAAGUGGUGACAUACUUAAAUCAAUUUUGGAGUUUUAUUUUGGAAGUAGGAAGUUCAUAAGCCAUUAAACUGGUGAGCGCCUUCUUACACACAAUGUAUGCUUUGAUGGGCAUUUAUUUGGAAAUAAGAUCUGUUUGCACUCUAAGAAAGUUCAAACUCUGUUUGAUAUUUAGAAAUUUAAUAAUUCAAGAAAGAAGUAGACUCUCAUGCAAACCAGCCGGCAUUCCAUUCGCUGUGCUCUUUAGCGGCAUACACAAUGUCGGAAUUGACUUCAAGCACAGAGGUAGACGGCGCGUGCAGCGUUCUUUCUGUCGAUACAGCAUGCAAUUCCCAAGCUGAAAAUACUGCUAGACCGGAUCCUCCAAUUUCAGAGCAUACGGACGAUAACCCUGAUUCAAUAACACAUGACUUUGUUCAUGUAAAUAUUCCUAUUAAUGCAGACGCAGACGAGAUUAGACUUGAAACGAACCAGCCAUCUCUUAUUGCUGGAUAUUUAGCGCCGUAUGCAGAAUAUAUACCAAGUUUACAAAGUAUACAAUAUGUGUUGCCAACAUGGUUAUUCCAGGCUACCCAAAAUGAAGGCGCGACAAGCACGAGUCUAGAGACAAAUCCUGAAGCUGAGAGUUUUGAAACAUGGGUGAAUGAAACAGUUACAGGAGAUUAUACAAGCUCUAUCGAAGACGAGCAACGAUUCAGAGCAUGUCUAGUUAGAGCAAUGUACGAAAACUUCGUACAGUUGAAUCGGAUAGACAACUCAUUCAUGACUGAAAACUGCACGGUUACCAAUGAGGAAUUGUGUUAUGCCCGUUCCAGUGAAUCACAGUGCACAAUAAGACUUUUAUUAAUGCUUCUAAACAGAGACACUCACACGAUGCUUAUGUUUAUUUAUGGAAUGCGUACACGUUAUCAGGAUACUGUAAAAAGUAUAUUUACCUCUUUGAAUCGUCAUUUAAAUGAUUCAAAUUUUACAUACCAAUCACAGUGUCUUCGCUGUAAUCUUAGUAAAAGAGUGAAUAUUUCUCUGAUAACUGAUCAUCUUCCCCAGUGUUCUAAUGGUUUGCUUUUGCUACCAUUUGUUAAUAUCGUGAGCGAGGAAGAUCAGCCAGGCCAGCCCACGACAUCGGAGCGACUUUGGAAUGAAUUGUUUAAGGUAGUGAAUAACCCAAGUUUAUAUCAAGAUGUUAUUAUAACCAUUGCUAGAGUUAUAGAGUCAUCUGGGUAUCAUACAGAUAUUGCAAGAAUGCUGCAAGAUGAUAUAAAUCUAGACAGGAAUAGUUUCGUUUGUAGAUGUGAAGACAUAAGAAUCUGUCAGUCAAGCCUUAGUCAGUCAAGUGCCACCGACUGCAGAGCUGAUGUAGAAAAUAAUAUUCAUCAAGUAGAAGAAAGUAAUCAGGCUGAGCCUUCUGUUGAAGAUAGAGCGGAAUCUAGGGAUAUUAUACACACGGACAGUAAAUCUGAAAAGAAUACUAGGGAAGUAGUCAAAUAUCCCGAUAAAGACAACAAUGGAGCAUCAGGUUGCGCAGAAGAUAUCAAACCAAUUGGAAAUAACGACAAAGCAAAAGCUAAUUUGGUAAAUAAUUCAAGAAGAAAUAGUGAGCAUAAUGUGAGUUAUGAUGAGAAAACACAGGAAAAGAAAGUUCCUGAUCUAAGUACUUUUCAGAUAACAGCAAGGGAAACCAGUCUUAAAAGGUCAAACGGAAGGACAGACCUUGUGAAAAUGAAACAAAAGAAAAAAAGCGGAGAAAUGAGCCUGAAGAUUUUAACAAUAGUCGUAAAUCUAGCAUUGGAAAUUGUGACUUACAGAUUGAAAUGUUGAAAAUUGGCGCGCAAGAAAAGCAACCUGAUAGUGGGUUUUCUAUUGUAUCUUUACCAAGUACAUCUAGUUACGGUGACAGCGGAGUUUACGAUCUAUCAACGUUGUUUAUAGACGCUGGCCCUGAUGAUGAAACUGUGGCUGGCCCUGAUGAUGAAACUGUGGCUGGCCCUGAUGAUGAAACUGUGGCUGGCCCUGAUGAUGAAACUGUGCCUAAACAAAUUGUAUCUGUGAAAGACUUUAAUUCAGAAACAUCAAAUCCCAGUGACGAUAACAGGGGAAAUUCAGCAGCUCAAAGAGUUGAUGUUGCUGAUGAAAGCGCGAAUGUACUUUCAGAUCUUUCUGGACUAGAUGAUAGGGAAUUAGACUCAUAUCAAGGUGAAUCAGGCAAUGAUAAUGUAAAUGAUGAUUUUCAUCCUAAAAGACGUAAGUUUAAGAAUGAGAAUUAGUUAACUUUUCUUAUGUCUUCAGAUGCAUUUCAUUUUUAAGUACAUGUGCGCUAUUUUUGUUUAUAUCAGUACAUAAAAGGGUAAGUUUUCUGCACUUACAAUUCUUUUCAUUCUAACCUAAAUUUUGUAUUUGUAUUUACAGUAGAAUCCCUACUUAAGACCAACUCAGAUUUAAGACCACCUGCUAUUAAGACCAUUUUUAAAAGAACGGAAUUUUCUGUUCUUUAAGUCAGUAGUUACAUACUCCAGAAUUAAGACCAUCUUUAGUGAUAGUUCUAGUUUUUAUUAAAAUUGUAAAAUAAAUUUUAAGAAUUCAAUUGUCAUAUUGACCGACGAUUAUAAGUCAAAAAAUAACUGGAAAAAGUCAGUAAAUUAUGGUUAAUCUUUCAAUAUAUAAUAUUGUUUAUUCUUAAACCAUGUACAUGUACAUUUGUAUUUUUCUUUAUCAUUUUUUUAAAUUAUCAAUCAAUUGAAUAAUUCAUAAAUUAGAAUAAUUCAGCAUCUUUACUAAACACGAAUAACAAAGUAAAUAAAAUGUUUCAAAGUUGAUGGUGUCAUAUUAAUACCAUAAAAAUGUACCUUUUUACUCAAUUAUUGUACAUAUUUGUUGUUUUAUCUCAUAUAAGUAAUAUGAAACAUGCUAUUGUUGUUGUUGUUUUUUCGAAUUGUAUGUUAUCAUUAAAUUUGAGAGUUGA